CUAUAAUGCGACUCUACACAUACGACAAAAGUCAUUACAAUAGCUGUUCUGUCGCAGACCACUGAAAUUAGCACAAACACGCCACAAGACGUUGUGCAUGCAUCCGACUGGCGGAUGCAGGUGACUUUAAAGAGUUGACAGCGAACGAGAAUCUAUUGCAUAAUCAGCAGGAGCAGGUCACACAAAGAGAGGCAGCGCGAGCGCUUGAUUUCGAACUAUGGCGGCAACGCACCAGAUUCUUUCGAAUUAAAUUGCGGUGUCGUUUUACGCGCGCUUCUGAAAACCUCUCAGCUUGGAGAAUAACAUCGGUUAGUUUUGGAGGAUUUUCUGAUAUGAGAACAAAAAUCACCCUGCCUCAAAACUUUGUUGUUUGAAUAGCCGGGACAAUAUCGCGUUUAUUUCUAUGCCGUGGACGCGCAAUUUAAAAUAAAGAAUUUCGCGCCUAGCUUGACGAUGUUUUGUGUGAUUUGAUAAUUUCUUUAAACCUACACCACCGGGACGCUAAGGAUAUUAUUUUUGCAGUAGCCUAUUAUUUUCCUAUUGCCCAUCAGAAGCCGUUCAAAUGCUGGAAUGGAUUGGUGCUGUUUGCAUUAUUGUUUUAAUGGUCAUACUCUGGCGAAUGGUGAAGUGUUUUGGAGCAGAGAGUCAAUCCACGCUGCUGCUGCAAGGGCUUGAAAUUCCACCCAAAAGAUCCGCGGAGAGGUGCGACUCCAACUGUGGCACGGGCACAAAGCAGAAACUAGAGGGGCAAUGUGAAUCACCGACGGUCGCCUUGAUAUGCAAACCCUCUGCCCUGGCAAACUACCUUCUCAAACAUUGCAUUAGCUUUUGUAAGCCUUUAUUGGUACCAAAAUGGGACUGGCGAAUGAGUCCGUCUUUACAGACGGUUUUCGGUACUCUCUGGCCGUAUGACUGUCCUGUCCAUUUUAUUCGGGAUCAUUUGCAGUUGAGUGACGAUGGACUGGUGGCGUUGGACUGGGCUGUUGUUGGUGCGGCACAUCACAAGAGGAGGAGAACUUGCAGUAAUUCCACUAGUCCAAUUCUGCUCAUUAUACCUAACUCUUUUGGUAAAAUCACCAGGAAUGUGCUAAAGCUCUGUGAGGCAGCUCUAAGUCACGGCUACCUUCCUGUGGUCUUCAACCGCCGGAGCCAGAAUGGGACACCUCUCAGUACCAUUAAACUACAACAAUUCGGUGACCCAACUGACCUGAGGGAAGCGGUGCGAUACAUUCGUUACCGGCAACCGGCAGGCCAAAUCUAUGCAGUGAGUGAGAGCACUGGUUCAGGUCUUCUACUCUCAUACUUGGGGGAGUGUGGAUCCUCCAGUUAUGUGACUGCAGCAGCUUGCCUGUCUCCCAUUUUUCGGUGCCAGAGCUGGUUUGAGAGUGGUCCAACUUGGCCGUUCCACUGGGCUCUCCUGCUCUACCAAAAGAUCUGCCUCAGCAGGUAUAAAACUGUGCUUGGAGAGCUUGUUCAUACAGACAACUUGUACUCCAGCUGCUCCUUGAGGGCAAUGGAGGAAGCGCUCUUCUGUCAGUCUGGUUUAAAGGGGACAACAAUGGAUGGAGCCAAUAGCUGGGAGGCAUACUGGGAGCGUAACGACCCUUUAAGGGAUAUAGAUGAAGUUGCCAUUCCUGUACUGUGUGUGUGUAGCCAAGAUGACCCGAUCCGAGGGGAACCCCGGGCCACUCUACCUUUGGAGCUGUUUGAGAGUAACCCACACUUCUUCCUGUUGAUAACUGGGCAUGGAGGCCACUGCGGCUUUUCAACAGCAGACGAGGGCCUUACUGUCUGGAGCCACCAGGCCUUGCUGGAGUUUUUUCGCGCCACCAAUGAUUUCUUUGCUGCGGAGGAGCGUGCCAAGCUGGCGGCCAGGCGAAGGGGUCUGGGUGGGGCUGGCAAAACCUUCCGCCAUCGCAGUGUCAGCACAUGCAAAAAACUGCCUGUUUGCUCGCAUAACAUUCACACCAUUUACAACUGGCAGAGGUCCUACACCAGAUGAUGAUGUGCACAGAGGUUCCCCCAACUUUGUUUUGAAGAGACCACCUGUUCUGGGACUAUGUUAGUAAAGGGCACUGCUAGAACUUGCAAAGCUAGAUUAUACCACAUUCUGACCUGCUGUUAAUCAGUCACAAAAAAACAGCAGUUGAUUGAAAAUGUCUCCGCUUACUUGGACUAAUUAGAAUUGGUCUACCACUGUCAACAUUGACAAUACCUAUAUUUGAGUAUGCUGAGACAUUUCAUUGUUUGUCAAAAGUUGAAAGGCAUUUGAAAGUUGAUGUUGUUGGAUCAUGUCUCAGCCUGGUGUAUAAAUAAGCUUUAAAGAUGUGUGUGUCAGUUUCAAAGAGAUCGGUCCAUAUUUUUGUUCUGUACCGCAUGAAUGUUUCAGAACAUCAUUCCAAAGUUUAGAGAAGCAUUAUGUAAAGCAGAUUUGUCUUCGUCUACAUGCUGGCCAUUCCCUCCGAUAUACUUUAAUAGUUCUGCAGGAAUUACCUCAUUUGUAUUAGUAUAUUCUGUGCAUACAAUGACGGUGAAAUUUUUUAAAUGUCUCUGUGUAAUAUUCCUCUAAGAGACAGCUAGUUUAUUUCAUUCUCUUUUCCGUAUGUUAGAGGGAGAGCCUGUGUAAUUGGAGUAAAGAGUCAGCACUGCUGGGGUUUUCGUAUGGCGUCAUUCUGAGUGUUCAGGGAAAGCUGGUCUUCUGUUAACAUGGGUGAAGCUAGCUUUGCAGCUUUUCACAAUGUAUAACUCAAACAGAUUUUUUUUUUCUCUCCACGGGUGAGUGCUAUUCUUGUUUUCUACCAUUUUUCUCUAACCCAAAAUUUGCAAUGUCUUUCUGGUACCAAACCCCAUGUUUGUAUAUGAAAUGAUCUAUGAACACGGAAGCUUUAAUUAAAGAUUUUUGGCUAAAUGCAUUCAC